UACGCCGACAAGAGUCAAAGUUUGAUUUUUCGUAGGACAAGCGCAACAGAAAAGUCGGCAAACAUGAGCAUUGCAGACAGCGGCUCCGCUCCGACUCUCUCUGGGGACGAGAAGGCUGCAGUGAGGGACACCUGGAAAGUCGUCUACGCCCACGCAGAGGACCACGGGACCACCGUUCUCAUCAAGUUUUUGUCUGACAACGCCGAUGCGAAGAAGUUCUUCCCCAAGUUCCAGGCGUUGAAAACUGCCGAUGAGAUGAAGAGCUCCCCCGUGUUGCGCGACCACGCCAAGCGCAUCAUGAGCUCCAUCAAUGACAUGGUGGUGGCCCUUGAUGACACCAAUGCUCAGAACGCCCAGAUGAAUGGCUUGAGCAAGAAGCAUGCCACUGACUUCAAGGUUGACCCGAAAUACUUCAAGGUCAUCUCCAAUGUGAUUUUGAGUGUCAUUGCUGAAGGUCUUGGAGCCCAAUUCAAUGACGCGGCCAAGAAUGGCUGGUCCAAGUUGCUGACCACCACGUGCAUUGGCUUAAAAUCUGCAUUCUAGACGCAAAUAGAUUUUAAGAUUAAUACACUUCUCGACAUGUGUGUCUGAUUUCAGCAUAUCUUGCCCACCCACUCAAGCUUGAUUAAAUUGUAAUAGGAUUUUAGGCAUUUUAAUAAAAAAAACUAAAUUUUUGCAAAGAUUAUGGGAUUUUAAGUUCUCUCCAUCUCUCUUGGUGCUUUCUGUAUCCUUGUAUUACAAAAAAAAAUAAAGCACAUAUAAUGUGA